AAUUUGACAAUAUUGCAGUUUCAACUAAAAUAUUUAAAAUUUCAGGACCAUUUCGUUAAUAAAUAUUUCAAAAUUUCAUACUAAAGACCUUGAUAGAAAGAUUUGAAUUUAAUAAUUUUAGAUGUACUAAGUUAGUUGUAAUAUCCAGCGACCACUGAGCAAGAGGUACCCCUAAGGUGCCUCAAGCGCAGGAGUCCCCCGUUGGAUCCUUGAGUGCAAGAGUCCGCCGUAAGUGCCUUAAGCUCAGAGUCCGCUGACUCAUUUUCGAGUUUUCUCAAAAAUCGACUUCGACCUCCAAGGCAUGUCACCUCGAAAUGGAGCCUACACAUUGGUACAUAAUCAACCUCUUUUUGAGGAGACCUACAGCUUAAGCUGGAUUCCGAACCACCGGUGCCCCGGUUGAAGUAGAUAGGAACAUUUUAAUUGGUACCGGCGCAGGAAUCAAACCCCAGACCUCCUGGAUUACAGUCUAACGCGCUAUCGUCUAAGCCACCAAGACUCCUAAUAUUAGAUGAGCCUGCUAAAGUAUUGAGAGAAACUUUACGAAAUGGUCUACCUUUGAAGGACAGAUUAGGUAUUAAACUGGAAAAUGAUAUGCGGUACGGAGAAGUCAGAUUUGAUCAUUGGCUGCUUCAUGCAAAGGUAGUGGAUCUGCCUACUAUUGUGGAAUCCUUGAAAACCAUUGACAGUAAGAGUUUUUACAAAACUGCUGACAUCUGCCAGAAAGUACUCGGCGUUACAUUUAUUCAGUGGAGUAGGCUUUCUUCUGGACUUACUACUGUCAUCGAAAAGUUGCUGAUAUGUAAGGAGGAAGAUGAUCAAACUACGACAGAUGAAGAAUCACCUGUGCGUCAGAAAAAAAAAGAUCCAAACAAAGUUGACAAAAAAUUCUUAUGGCCGCAUGGUAUAACCCCACCUACUAAAAAUGUGAGACGUCGAAGAUUUAGGAAAACGUUAAAAAAGAAAUACGUUGAAGCUCCUGAAAUUGAAAAAGAAGUAAAGCGUCUGCUGAGGGUCGACAAUGAGGCUGUGAAUGUUAAGUGGGAAGUGAUAUGUGAAGAUGAGGAUCAGACAAAACCAACUAAAAUCUCUUCUAGCGGAACUGUGAAGGGAAAGAGAGAUAAUAUCGAUGGAAAUAUAUCGCAAAGCGUGGAUGUUGCUGAGCAUGACAUUUUUGGAGAAGCAGUUAGUGAUAGUGAAGAAGAUGAUGAAGAAGGCAACAUCAACGUCAUGGAACUGGAUGAAAAUAGUCAUCUUUCCGCAGAAAGUCGAAUCUCUGAUUCCAAUUCGAUGCAAGUCAGAUAUUCUGAACGAUCCGGUAACACAGUGGUCUCUACAUCCGAGGGAUUAAUAACUCACUUCAGUAAAGAAAUGUUUCAACAAAAAAACGAUGAUGGCGAUGAUGAAAAACCAAAUAUUGACGAGGAGUCCAAAGUUCCGAAAUUAGAAAGUUUUAAUUCAGAAUAUAUCAUUCCUGAAUCUGAACACUUUUCAGAAUCACAGUCUGUACCAGUAAACAAAGAUUCGUUGCUAGCACGUCGUGAAAUACUGCAUAUUGAAUUGGUAGAAUUGCGUCAACGCAGGCAACAACAAGAACUUGAAAUUACGAGUAUUGAAAAUGUAAAACUCAGACAGAGAUUCCAGGAGAUUUUAGACAAUCUGAUGUCUCUAGAAAUGCAAAAACUUCAGGAGAUUCAAGACCUGGAGCCAGAAUAAAAUUGAUUACUGGUGAGCAGCGGUAACAAAUAUAAGGGAUGAUAUAUUUAUAGAAUUUUUGCUACAUAUAAUAUAAUAUGAAUUAAUGUACCUAUUUAAUGUGAACCUUUGAAUUUGUCAUAUGUAUACAUUCUUCAAACUGAGCUAUAGAUUAGCUGUUUGUUUCGUAAAAAUAGUUUUUUUUACUGUUCAUUUUAAUUAUUCACCUUACGCAAUUAUCAAAUUAAAAUUAAAACAUGACUUACCGUGUGCAUGGUGGAGAAAUACAGUACUAAUGGUCAAAUGUUUUGUAUGAGGUUAAACGAGCAAAGUGAGUAAAAUAUUAAAUUAUUUCAGUUCUGAUUCUGCGAUUAACCGAAAUUUUAUAUAUAUGAAUGGUAAUGCUAUAAUAUUUGAAUAACUUUUUUCUAAUUAUCUUAUUGUACAAAUCAUUUUUGUGAACUUGUGUAAGAGAGUUGAAAUAAUGUAGGUUAUGGCUAUGUUCUAUUCACAACUGGUCAGUUUUCAGCAAACACCAUCAAGCGAUACAUCGUGUCAAAUUUUUGGGUAUGUUUUACUCAAUUACCUGUAUAGUUUCAACGGAUUGCUAUCAUCCAAGUGCUCAUACUCAAUAAAGAAUUUAAAGAAAUUGC